AUGGCUAACGAAGCUGCCCCCUGCCCGUGUGACAUCGGCCACCGGAUGGAGUAUGGAGGCCAGGGAUGUGUGGUCCAGGUGGAGCACAUCAGGGCAUACCUCAGCAAGCCGCCCGUGGACACGGGCAAGGCCGUGGUGGUCAUCCAGGACAUCUUCGGCUGGCAGCUCCCCAACACGCGCUACAUGGCUGACAUGAUUGCAGCCAACGGCUACACCACUGUGGUCCCUGACUUCUUUGUGGGACAGGAGCCCUGGAGUCCCUCCAGUGACUGGUCCACCUUCCCUGAGUGGUUGAAGACCCGGGAUGCCCGGAAAGUGGACAGCAGCUGCCUCAGUGUUCGAGGCCCUCUGGCCAGCAUGACGGGUUCUGAUCGAGGUUGCCUGCCCCGCGCCGUGUCCCAUGGCCCUCCCGCCCCUGCCACAUCCCUAGGCAUCGUCAAGGAUUCUGAGGACGUGUACGCACUGAGGAAACCCACGCUGUUCAUCUUUGCAGAAAACGAUGCUGUCAUCCCCCUGCAGCAGGUCUCUCUGCUGACCCAGAAGCUGAAAGCCCACUGCAGAGUUGAUCAUCAGAUUAAGACAUUUUCUGGGCAAACGCACGGGUUUGUGCAUCGGAAGCGGGAGGAUGUGGCCCCAGCGGACAAGCCGUACAUCGAGGAGGCCAGGAGGAACCUGCUUGAAUGGCUGAGCAAGUACGUUUAG